CCUGGACUGGGACGCUCGUGCUGAGUGGAGCAGGAGAAAGAGCCACUGCAGAAAAGCAGAUUUUCUUAGGGGCCGCCACCUCCAAAGUCACAGACAACCCCAAAACUGCCUCUGACAAGUUCCUGGGGGACCCCAGGCACCCCGAAUCGACAUGGGCAACGAGAACAGCACCCCAACCAACCAGGUCCAGGGGACGUCAGCAGACCAGAGCUCAGGAUCCUCGCCAUCUCCCAGGGACAGUGGGGAGAGAAAAAGGACAUCAGAGGGCACACCCAGAGGUGCUGACUGUGGAGACGCAUGCAGCUUCGGGCCACGAGGCACCUGCUCACCUUCUGAGGGCGCGGCUAUUGCGGAUCUGAGCAUUCUGAACCCAGAAAUGACGGAGCCCAGGAAGCAUCCCCAGGAAGCCAAGGGUCCAGCAGCCCCCUGGGAGCGGGAGAACCCCUUGGCCUUCAUGCCGCACACUGAGGGCCUCCCGGAAACAGCUCCUGAAGAUGGAGCUCUGUCUCCUCUACACCCCAGGAGGGAGCCUCUCCCAAGUUCCCCUGCAGGAUCCCUGGAAGGGAUUGUUCCUGAGGGAGAUAGCAUGGCUACCGUUGUCCCCAGCACCACAGGAGAGAAUGAGAUCAAGAAUCAGAGACAGAGGCCAUCUUCCUCCAGCUGCGCUGACCAGCUUCUGGAAAUGUCAGUGGUCCCUCCUGGAGAGUCAAGGAAGGGAUGGCCUUGUGAAGGGGGUGACCAGCCUGGUGACCCCCAGCUCCAGGGGACAGAAGCUAAAGUGGGUCAGUCUGUCCCACAGCCCGAAGAGGAGGUGACUUCUGCACAAAUGGCUUCCGAGGCCCUUGCCUUAACCCAGACAAUCAAGGAGAGCUCAGCCAGUCAGGAGGAGUCCCCCCAAAAUCUGGAGCCCCCAGUGCAGGAAGAUCUGGCCCCUGGGGCAAGUCACCAGAUGGAGGUGCUACUGUCACAGGAUGUCACUGCUGACAGGGGGCUCCUCAGGGAGCCCCGUCUGUCCAGUUCAGGGGCAGAGGCUGCUCCCAGGGAAAGCUGUCUGCAGGAGAAGGGUACGCUCUCAGAGCUGCCCCCCAACCCCCCUAGUCCCACUCUGGUGUCAGGGACCCUGAACUUUAGGAAACAGACUCUGGAUGCCUUCACAGGGUGGGUGGCCCAGGAGACACCAGCUCUACAGCUAGGAGCCCUGACACCCCAGGAGCAGAUGGCAGAGAUCUGGAACCCGGAGCCCAACCAGGACAGCCCUGGGCACCUGCUCCUGCCUCCGCCCAGCGUGUCAGCUGAAAGUGAUGGGUCACUGGAGCCCAAGGACAAAGCCAUGGUCACAGCUAAGAAGGACAGCGGGCUUCCUGGGGCUUGCCCCCAGGGACAGGAAGAGAUCCCAGAGCCACCUGGCGGUGCAGAUCCCGGGAGCCAGCAGGGAGAAGAAGAGGAGUCAGGGUCAACCAGUGACAUCCAGUCCAGCUGGGACCCAGCACAGCCACUCAGCAAGGAGGGUCCCAGGCACCAGGGCAGGCCCAGCUGCCCCCCAGAAAGUGUGGCUGGGACCUCAGUGGCCUGUGGGGUUCUGGGACAAGCCCUCAAGGUCCAGGGCCCUGCCUCACCACAGGAGCACCCUGAGGAGCCUGCCAUGCUCCUGGGGACAGAGGCAGCGAGGGAACACUUUGGUCCAGAGAGACCAGGGCUUCCAGGAGGAGUGGACUCUCUUCUCACUUCUGAUUCUGAGAAAUCAGAUCUUGGGUCCCCUCCAGCUGCAGCAGCUGCCCAUCAAGUCAUAAAGACAAAGGACCGGGAUGGGGAGGGCCAGCCCACACACCUUGGCCCACCCUGUGGACAGGAGCCUCAUGCUGAUAGGCCUCAGCUCCCUGAACAGGGGUCCUGGGGCCUGAACUGUGGGCUCAUGACUCUCAGUGGGGAGCAGCGAGCCCAGCAGGGAGAUGUGGGGGAUAGCCAGGCACUCACAGCUGCAUCCCAGAAGCCCUCAGCGUCCACGGCCCAGUUUCAGGCACCCCAGCCAGUUCUGGGACCCCUGGUCUGUACUCCACCAUGUGAGGCCAGAAGAGAGACCUCCCUGUGUGAUGAGAAAGAGACCUCUGCAGGUGGUACGAGAGAAAGCUCUCCGCAUGAUGGGAAAGAGACCUCCCUAGGUGAGGAGAGAGAGACCUCCCUGUGUGAUGGGAAGAAGAAUUCCCCAGGUGAUGGGAGAGAGACCUCUCCACAUGAUGAAAGAGAGACCUUCCCAGGUGAUCCUGGGAAGCUUGGUACAGAUGCUCCCCCUGUCCUCCUGCCUGGGGGACCCCAAGAGGCUGUGAGCUCACCUGCCCCCAGAGGGAAGAAUCAGAACCCCAGGCUGGAGUUCCAAGACCAGUCCCGCCAGGGCAGCCUGUCUGCUGCUCCAAGUUCAGAGCUGGGGGAUGCCAUUCCUGGGAGUCCUGGAUCAUUGAUGCUGUUGCAGUCAGAGGUGCCCACACUGGAUAAGAAAGAGCCCAAAGGGACAUGUGGUGACAGCCUUCCCUCUGCAGUGUCACCUUCUGCUGCAGACAUCUUGAAAGGCACGUCCCUUGCAGGUAGCCCGAGCAUCCCAAAGAGCUGGCCUGCUGGGCAGGGGCCAAGCGAGCCCUGGCAGGAGGAGGCAGGUGCGCCCCAAGUCGGCAGUCAGCAUGAAGGAGCUUGUCUAGGGUGCCCUGGCCUUCCAAAGGCAGCUGGCACUCAGCCCCCACUGCAGGGCUCAGCCCAGGCUGGGGGCAGAGCAAGUGCAGACAUACCAGGGGCCCCGCCUCCCAGGCCUGACUCAGUGGUCCUCCUGACUAUGGCUCGGUACCCACCAGCUCCAGAGCUCGCCAACCACAGAACCACACCUCCCUUGUGCGAUGACACCCAGGAAGGUGGAUGGCAACCUGGGCGGGCCCCGCAGACCAACAUGGAGAGCCCCAUUGCUGGGAGCCUGGAUGCAGAAGGCGGGGCUACAGGGGCCACAGGUGGGAAGGCAGGAAGCCUGGAGGUGCAGCGGACAUCUGAGGGGCCACUCGGACCCUCUGCUCUGAGCACUGACUUCCUUCGGAUGGCACGGAGGCUCUCUCUGGGGAAGGAAGCUGCCACUUCUGCCCCAGGUGAGCAGCCCUUGGAUAGAAGUCUCUAUGCCACUAUGGGGCUAGGGGAGAUCCCCAAGAACAUGGGGGCUGCCCCCCUUCCAAAGAGGCUCCCGCCACCUGGGCUACCAGAAGAGGCUAGUCCCGACACUCCUUACCUGCAAGUCAUUGGUGCUGGCAGAAAGGGGACAGAGCUCAGCGGGGUGAGAGGAGGCUCUCCAGGCCCCAAUCCUUCCACCGGAGGCCCUUGUCCCCCAGCAGUGCCCCUGCCCGACUUGGAUUAUGUCACCUGUGUCCCAUGGCCUGCUGUCUCCCCAGCCCCCCUCCUGGCUCCAGGGCCUGCAGGUGGAGACGUGUUAGAGGUGCCGCCCAGCAGUGGCAGCCCCAGACCUGGGAACUUUGAGGGCCCUGUGGAUUUUGUGCCCUAUCUGGACAGGACGCUCAUUCUGGCCCCAAACAAGGAGGUGACAGGAGAGGAGAAAUCAGUGAGACCUGCAGGAGCAGGUGCCAGGCCCCAGGAGAAGCCAGCUGUCCAGGAGGAGGGCCCAAGGGUCAAGAUGGAGAGCCACAAGGAGAAGAGGGCGGAACCUUCCGAGGACCCCGGGAGGGGCGUGUCAGGUGGUGUGGACAUGAGCUUCAAGCAAGCAGGUCUGACUGUGGGGCUCCCUGAUUUCAGGGAGCACAUCACCAAGAUCUUUGAGAAGUCUGUGCUGGGCGUUCUAACUGCUGAGCGGCCCCAGAGCUCAGCUGGAGGGAAGUCUGCAGCUGGAAGGAGUGUGACAGGCCAGGGCCCCCAUGUGCCACCUGGGCUGGAGAAAUUUUCAGAUUCUGCUCCUCUUGCUCGACUCUGGGAGGACUUACAGGAGAAGCCGCCAGAAGCAGUGACUGGAGAGGCUGGGACUUCCCACUGGGUUCUCUGGGACCCAGCGCCAGGGAUGGCAGCAGGGCAGAAGCUGUCAGGUGACAUCAUGGGGACAGAAACCACUGGUGUGCCACUGAUGCCACCAGAAAGCAAGACGCCCAAGGGUGCUGGCGAAGCCAGAAACCAGGCCCUCUGGCAUCAUGAAUUAGCCCCUCCAGAGAUGUCCAUGGAGAUAGUACCCCAGAGUCACCAGGAAGGAGCCCUCCUUCAGGAGGCCAGUAGCAUCCCUUCCAGGAAACAGCACCAGGAAGCGUCCCCCAGGCUUGAGAAAACCAGAGAAGAUGGUGCUGGGGACUUUGCUCCCUCUGGGGGGCCAGGUGACCUUCCAGGGUUCACCUCUGGACAGAAGACAUCUCUCCUGGUGCCCGAGGCCACCACCUCAGACACACGUGGUCAUGGAGGGGCUGCUGGCAUCUCAGAAAACCACACAGCUCUGGGCCAGUCUGAGCCACCAGCUGGGGAGGUGACCCAGACUUCCCUGGAGCCCAGCUCAGGGCCAGGAGCUGCUGGGGAAGCAGAGGGUGACAUCACUUUGGUCACAGACGAGACACAGGCACGUGAGGCUGGUGGCCUGGCUGAGGCAGGUGCUGGGAGGAUACUCUCCGCUGUGUCAGAGAUUCCAGGGAGCAGUGGGGACCCAGGCUGCUCUCCUCAGGCUCCAAGGAUGGAGGCUGCAACCACCCAGCUUGGGGACAGACCCAUGGGGGCCCAUCCGGAACCAGAGUUCCCACCUCCUGCUGGGGACAGGAAGACACCUUUCUCCUUGCCUCUGGAACCUGACGAAACUUGGGACAAGAAACUGCAAACGCUCGUUCCAGAAGUGCUCCCGGCAGACAGGAAGAGCCCCAGACCUGGCCCAUCUACCUUACCUUUAGUUCCUGAGCAGGAUACUCUGACCACCACUGGAGAGGCCAUUUCAGCUGAGACCAGAAGUUCCGAAGAAGUAGAAAGCUCCUGUCCACCCACUGCUCCUGUGGACCUCCCUCCUCAGGCCUCUGCACAGGCACCAGCUGCCCCAGAUGAUGAGGAUGGAGUAGAAGACCCUGCCCUCUCCCACCAGGACCCAGCCAAGGACUUCAGCAGGAGUUCUGACUCAGAAGAAGCUUUCGAGACCCCGGAGUCAACCACCCCUGUCAAAGCUCCCCCUGCCCCUCCCCCACCGCCUCCCGAAGUCACUCCCGAGCCUGAGGUGUGUGCACCGCCAUCCCCAGAAGAACCAGGAAGCACAGCUGAGCCGGCGGUCCCUGUCUCCGAUGGCCCCCGCCGCAGCUCGGUGGAAGGCAGUCCUUUCCGGCUGCCCUCACACUCCUUCUCCGCCGUCUUCGACGAGGACAAACCCAUAGCCAGCAGCGGCGCCUACAACCUGGACUUUGACAGCAUCGAGCUGGUGGACGACGUCCAGGCUUUGGACCCCCGCUGCCCGGAUGCCAGGAGUCAGGAAUGCAAGGCAGGUGCGAGGAGGAAGUCCACGGACUCGGUGCCCGUCGCCAAGUCCACCCUGUCCCGCUCUCUGAGCCUGCAGGCCGGCGACUUUGACGGUGCUACUUCCCCGGUCCACGCCGAGGCCGGGCCGCCGGCCCCAGAUGGUACGUCUAACACGGGUUCGAGCAGUGCCUCCAGUACCCUGAAGCGAACUAAAAAGGCUCGGCCGCCCUCCUUGAAAAAGAAGCAGACCACCAAGAAGCCCCCAGAGACUCUCCCAGUGAAAGAGACACAGCAGGAGCCGGCCGAGGGGAGCCCUGUUGUCAGUGAGGACAGCCCGGCGGCCGAGCCCAGAACGGAGCCAGCCCAGACGGAAGGUUCUGGACCAGCCUUAGUCGACCAGGCACCCCUAGAGCCUGUCACUGCACCUGCAGCAGCCUGCCACCAGGACUUGGCGGGUGCAGAAGAGGCCAUCCCCCCAGCUUCUGGGGGUGGUCGAGUGCAGAACUCGCCCCUCGUGGGCAGGAAGCCAUUACUUCCAGCCUCAGCCCCCGAGCCGGAAGAGGAGACCCCAUCGGAGGGUGGGGGGCAAGAGGACUCCCCCGCCAGAGGGCUCUCUGUGAGGCUGGAGUUUGACUACUCUGAGGACAAGGGUAGUUGGGACCCCCAGCAGGAAAACCCCCCUCCCAUCAAAAAGGCUGCCAAGAAACCGGCGGCCAAAAUGCCCCUCAGGAGGCCAAAGAUGAAGAAGACGCCGGAGAAACUGGACACCACCGCCCCUGCCUCACCCACCCACUCCCCCGCAGAGCCCGGGGGUGACAUCCCCAUCACCAAAGGGACCUACACCUUUGAUAUCGACAAGUGGGACGACCCCAGUUUUAACCCCUUUUCUUCCAGCUCGAAAAUGCAGGAAUCCCCCAAGCUGCCUCAGCAGUCCUACAGCUUCGACCCCGACGCUUGCGACGAGGCCAUCGACCCCUUUAAGACGUCCUCAAAGACCCCCAGCUCACCCUCCAAGUCCCCAGCCUCCUUUGAGAUCCCCGCCAGUGCCAUGGAAACCAACGGGGCAGACGGGGACGGGCUGAACAAGCCGGCCAAGAAGAAGAAGACGCCCCUCAAGACUGACACAUUUAGGGUGAAAAAGUCACCAAAACGGUCUCCUCUGUCGGAUCCACCUUCUCAGGACCCCACGCCAGCGGCCACCCCGGAAACGCCGCCUGUCAUCUCCGCCGUGGUGCACGCCACCGAUGAGGAGAAGCUGGCGGUCACCAGCCAGAAGUGGACGUGCAUGACGGUGGACCUGGAGGCCGACAGGCAGGACUACCCGCAGCCCUCGGACCUGUCCACCUUUGUCAAUGAGACCAAGUUCAAUUCCCCCUCAGAGGGUAAGCUCCUGGGGGGCCGACUGGACCCCUGCCUUGUCCUGGAAGCUGCGGUCCUUAGGAUGCCUGAGGCUGGGAGAGACACCCCUCAACCAGAGCUGGAUUACAGAAAUGCCUAUGAGAUCGAGUACAUGGAGAAGAUUGGCUCCGCGUUACCUCAGGAUGAUGACGCCCCGAAGAAGCAGGCCUUGUACCUCAUGUUCGACACGUCUCAGGAGAGCCCGGUCAAGUCUUCCCCUGUGCGGAUGUCGGAGUCCCCCACGCCAUGUUCAGGGUCCAGCUUUGAGGAGACGGAAGCCCUUGUGAACGCUGGAGCCAAGAUCCAGCUUCCAGUCACACGAGGGCUGGCCCCCGACCCAGAGCCACUCAUGCAGGUUCCGGAGAAAUCUGCCCAGAAGGAGUUGGAGGCCUUGGCCUUGGGCACAGCCACAGAAGCCAUGGAAGUUACAGCUCCCGAGGGCUCCUUUGCCUCUGCUGACACCCUCCUCAGCAGGCUAGCUCACCCCACCUCUCUCUGUGGCGCACUUGACUAUCUGGAACCCGACUUAGCAGAAAAGAAUCCCCCCGUAUUUGCUCAGAGACUUCAGGAAGAGCUAGAGUUUGCCGUCAUGCGGAUAGAAGCCCUGAAGCUGGCGCGGCAGAUCGCCCUGGCUGCCCGCGGCCGCCGGGAUGCCCAGAGGGAAGCCGUUCACCCAGCAGACGUCCCCAUCUCCAAAUCAGCCUUGUACUCCCGCAUCGGGACUGCUGAGGCGGAACAACCCGGAGGCCUCCGGUUCCAACAGCCGGACCUGGACUCUGCACUCCAGAUCGCCCGAGCGGAGAUCCUAUCUAAGGAGAGAGAGGUCUCGGAGUGGAAAGACAAGUAUGAAGAAAGCCGGCGGGAAGUGAUGGAAAUGAGGAAAAUCGUGGCCGAGUAUGAGAAGACCAUCGCCCAGAUGAUAGAGGAUGGGCAGAGGGAGAAGUCAGUGUCCCACCAGACGGUGCAGCAGCUGGUUCUGGAGAAGGAGCAAGCACUGGCCGACCUGAACUCCGUGGAGAAGUCUCUGGCUGAUCUCUUCAGGCGGUACGAGAAGAUGAAGGAGGUUCUAGAGGGCUUCCGGAAGAAUGAAGAGGUGCUGAAGAAAUGUGCCCAGGAGUACCUGUCCCGGGUGAAGAAAGAGGAGCAGAGAUACCAGGCCCUGAAGGUGCACGCGGAGGAGAAGCUGGACAGGGCCAAUGCCGAGAUCGCCCAGGUCCGAGGCAAAGCCCAACAGGAGCAGGCCGCCUACCAGGCCAGCCUGCGGAAGGAGCAGCUUCGAGUGGACGCCCUGGAGAGGACGCUGGAGCAGAAGAACAAAGAGAUAGAAGAACUCACCAAGAUCUGUGACGAGCUGAUAGCCAAAAUGGGCAAGAGCUAACUCCUGGCCGCAUGUUUGGACUUGACCCUCUCGUGCCAUACGGCCUGGCACCCAGCUGCCCGCGGCUUUGUCUGCACUACUGCAUCUCCCCCGGUGAAGCUGGCCGGCUUGUGCACUGCACUGAGGAGACCGUCCCGAUUCUUGCUAUUGGUUCGCAUUUUUUUCUUGGUUGCGUUCAUAGCAAGUUGACCUCAGAGUUCCUGUAUCAGGGAGACUGUCCGGUUCCGGUUCUUGAAUCACAGAUCCACGUCACUGACCUUGGCCCUCUUCUCUGUACGUGAGUCCCCAGGGUGAGCCGCUUCGGGAUUUAAUAGGAUCAUGUGUAGCUUGCACGGGGACUCUUGCCUUAAAGAGUAUAAACUUGAUCUGCAUUUCUUGAUUUGUUUUAAAGAAGAAGAAGAAGAAGAAGAAGAAGAAGAAAAUGCAUGUUUCAAAUAAGACUCUCUAUUGUAAAUAAUUAAAAAAAAUUUUCCCCCUUCGGAUCUUGGCAA